AUGGCUCCAGUUCCCUCCUGGGCUUUGGUGGCAUUGUGCUUCAUCCUGCUGCUCCUGGUUCUCAGCUGCAGCUUCUGCGUCUGCAGGAAGUUUGUGUUUAAAAGGAAAAAGGAGAAAGCAGGGAAAGAGAAGAGCAGAAAGGACAGCUUCGACAUGGUGACUGUGAGAGAUGAAGGUCUUACUCAGAUUCCACGUCAUGAUCCCAAACCUCAGGAGAAACAGACGGAGUGUAAAGAGGAGGUGAAUCUGGGAAGACUUCAGUUUAGUUUAGACUACAGCUUCACCGAGAACUCGCUCAUGGUAGGAGUGAUUCAGGCAGAAGAUCUGGCUGCCAUGGACAUGAGCGGGACUUCAGAUCCGUACGUCAAGCUCUGUCUCCUCCCAGACAAGAAGAAGAAGUUUGAGACUAAAAUCCACAGAAAGACUCUGAACCCCACAUUCAACGAGAGUUUCACUUUUAAGGUUCCGUAUUCAGAGCUGGGAGGAAAAACUCUGCUCAUGACCGUGUAUGAUUUUGAUCGUUUCUCCAAACACGAUGCCAUCGGAGCCGUCAGAGUUCCCAUGAACCUCGUCGAUUUCAGUCACGUGACCGAGGAGUGGCGAGAACUGCAGAAGGCGGAACACGAGGAGCAGGAAAAGUUAGGUGAUGUCUGUCUGUCCCUGCGCUACGUCCCCACUGCCGGGAAACUCACCAUCGUCAUCCUGGAGGCCAAAAACCUCAAGAAAAUGGAUGUAGGUGGACUCUCAGAUCCGUAUGUGAAGAUCCACCUGAUACAGAACGGAAAGAGACUGAAGAAGAAGAAGACGACAAUAAAGAAAAACACCCUGAACCCGUACUACAAUGAAUCCUUCAGCUUCGAGGUUUCAUCUGAACAAAUUCAGAAAGUUCAGAUCGUAGUGACCGUGCUGGACUAUGAUAAGAUUGGUAAGAACGACACCAUCGGGAAGAUCCUGGUGGGAACGAACAGCUCGGGGACGGAGCAGCGGCACUGGGAGGACAUGCUGGCCAGUCCGAGGAGACCCAUCGCCCAGUGGCAUGCUCUGAAACCGGACGAGGACGUGGACGCAGAGCUGAAAAGAAAGUAAAGCUUGAUAUUGGAGUCGGAAUCAGCAGCAGCAGUGAUCAUUAAUCUGUAACUCUAAGCUCAGCUCUGAACUUUAUCCAGGUUUAUUGUGUAAAUGUAAUCAUUAAAGAAAAGCACAUAUGAACAAGUCAGGGUCUCUUCU